AUGCGCUGGCAAGAUGCCGCUCGACAGGCCCAAGGCCAAGUGCAUGCUGCUAUUACGAGUGAAUGGAAGCUGCCAAAGCCGCAGGCGGAAUAUCUGAUGCAGGAUAUCGGCUCAGUUCCUCGCAGUUGCGGCAUCUUGACGGAGGAGCAGCUCACCAUCACGGAACAGUUCAGCCACAAGACUCGUAAAGAGACUGGUCGCGGGAGAAAUCUCGUCUGUACAGGUGGUCGAGGCCUUCUGUGUGCGAGCUGCAAUAGCACACCAACUGCUUUCUUCCCCGAUGAAGGCCUCCAAAGAGCCAAGGAGCUGGACGAUCAUUUGCGCCGAACUGACAAGCCGGUUGGCCCGCUUCAUGGAUUGCCGAUUGCUCUCAAGGUCGGCGACAUCCCCCCAAAAGGUCCAUGCUUAGUUCUGUGGACCGCCAGCGCCCAUUUCCUUCCAGCAAGCCCGUCGCUGACUCGACGGCCCGAUGGCUUUCUGUAG